ACUAUUUUCCCUGGAUUUUCCCGCGGAUUUCGUUACAAUUUUAUAGUUUACUUAUGUUUGCCGUGUUGCAGUUGUAACAUGUAGUUGUUUUACAUCGCAACGUUCGUUCAAUUGUGAAAAUUAUUAUUAAUUUAUUUUUUGCGCGAUAUUUCUUUCAAAUACUUUUGUUUGUGUCGACAGGAUUUCGCACAAUUGGUUAAGUUACACAGAUCCCGGUUAGUUCUCAGUUUUUAAUUAGGGUUAGGGUUAUAGAUGGUAAGGUUCCAUCAACAGAUUCUACUCAUUAUUGUCUAUAUUAAGAACAAUUGAAGAUCAAUUUGAAGCACACACAUACAUAGGCUGUGAUAUUUUAGAAGUAACAAGAUAAAUGAAAUGAAAGCUAUGGAUAGUUCAAUGGAAGAAGAGGAACAUAUUGUAGAAACAGUCACCUCUUCAAAGAAGAAGAAAAUGAAACAAGCACAACUGCCAUUUCAAAUGUUAAGUUCUCCUAAAUCACCAGAUACUCAACAUAAUGUACAUAAAAAAAAAAAGAGGAAACUAGUUUCACCUUUAAUAGAAGCUAAGAAAUCUAAAGUGAUAAAACUUUCAACAAAAGAGAAUUCUGCUAGGAAUAUUUCUGAAGAUAAGGAAGAAGACUCGGAAGCAAUGGAUCUAAGUGAUGUAAAUGAACUUAACAUCAUUGAGGUAAUAAACAAAAAAGAAAAGAAAGAGAAGGAACAAAUUGCUCAGCAAACUCAUGAAGAUAAAAAGAAACAUAUUACAACUAAAAAGAGUUCCUCGGGAAAGCGUAAGAAAUUGGAUAAAUUCCAACAAAAAUCUGGCGCUUUAACAAAGUUCCUCAAAGUGUCAAAUAAGGAAGCUAGAAAUAAAGAAGCUAUUAGUGAAUCGAAAAAUGAAGAAGAAGUUAUUGUUCUUGAAAGUCCAGAACAUGAUUCCUGCCAAAAUUCGAAUUCAGACAUUGCAGUUUUAUCUUCCAAUAGUAAAGCUUCAAGCGAAUUAGGCAAAACGAGUAAAAGAAAAAAAUUAAGCAAAAAUAUAAUUGACGAAUCACUGUCUAUUGUCACUCCAAUACCUGAGAAAAAAAAGAAAAAAGUUAAAAAUGUAAAAUCAAAACAAUUAGAUUUAUCUUCUAAGAAUAAAGUUUCAAGUAAACGAGGCAAAUCGGCAUUAAGUACAAGCGAAAAAGUAAUUGACGAAUCACCGUCUGUUGUCAUUUCAACACCCGAAAAAAGGAAAAAGAAAGUUAAAAAUUUAAAAUCAAAACAAUUAGACUUAUCUUCCAAGAAUGAAGUUUCAAGUGAAUCAGCAUCAAGUACAAGCAAAACAGUAAUUAAAGAAUCACCGCCUGUUGUCAUUUUAACACCCGAAAAAAAGAAGAAGAAAGUUAAACAUUUAAAAUCAAAACAAUUAGAUUUAUCUUCCGAAGAUGAAGUUUCAAGUGAAUUAGACAAAUCAGCAUCAAAUACAAGUGAAGAAAUAAUUAUCGAAUCAACACCUGUCAUUUCGACGUCCGAGAAAAAGAAGAAAAAAGUUGUAAACUUAAUACCAAAACAAUUAGAUUCAUCUUCCGAGAAUGAAACUUCAAGUGAAUUAGACCAAUCAGCAUCAGAUAUGAACGAAAAAGGAAUUAACGAGUCAAUAUUAAAUACAAGUGAAGAAGUAAUUACCGAAUCAGCAUCUGUCACUCCAACACUCGACAAGAAGAAGAAAAAAAUUAAAAUCUUAACACCAAAACAAUUAGAAAAAAUGCAAGAAAUAGCUAGAAAAAGAGAGGAAAAGUUAAAAUUGAAAGAGGAAAGAAGAAAACAACAAGAGGCGGAAAAGGCAAAUCGUCGGAAACAGAGAGAGGAGAGACAACGGGAAAAGGAAGAAAGAGAAAGAAUGGAGAAGGAGGAGAAGAGAAGGGAGAAACAAUUGAAGGAGCUUAAGAAACAAAUGGAAAUAGAACAAAAACAAAAAGAGAAAGAGGCGAAGGAAGAAGAACGAAGAAAACGAGAGGAAGAAAAAAGAAAAAAAGACGAGGAAAAGUUGGAGGCCGAACGCAAAAAGCAAAAGGCCGCUUCGAAUUUUGCUAGUUUUUUUACUAAGAAACAGGAAGUCAAAUCGGCGGAAGAAGAGAAGAAUGCGGUUGAAACGAAUUUCAUGCCUUUUGAAAUAAAGGCUGACAUGAGAGUCGCGCCGAUUAAUCGAAGAACAAUAACCGAAGAGGAAAAACUGGCUUUAGACAAAAAGUUCAACACGGAUGUGCCAUAUAAACAAUUAUAUCUCGAAGACAUGAUACACAAAAAACACGUGCCUAAAACGUGUACUCGAACAUGGCCAUUAGAAGCAAAGGACGAUGAGAUUGUUCUACUAGACGAGGACAACGACGGCACUUCCAAUAAUAACAUAAUAAAGGACACAAACAAUCUGGAGAAACAUCGACCGAAAUUGCUGCAGUUCUGCGAAAAUCGUCGUCCACCAUAUUGGGGAACAUGGCGGAAACGAAGCGACGUUGUAACUCCAACGCAUCCAUUUUUGAAAGAUAAGAAAUUCUUCGAUUACACAGCCGAUUCCGACGAUGAGUGGGAGGAGGAAGAACCUGGCGAGUCUCUUAAGGGAUCUGAUGACGAAAAGGACGACGAAAAUUCGGAAGAGAACGAGUACGACGUCGAUAACGAGUUCAUGGUUCCUCACGGAUAUUUAUCUGACGAAGAAGCGCGAGCUGACGAAGAAGAGAUGGAAGAUAUGUCGCCGCAAACACAAAAGAUGAAGUUGAAGAUAUUAGGCGAACAAUUCGAAGCCGAGAGAAACACGAAGACGCAAAAGCUCAAACCGAAACUAAUUGGAUGCAUUUGGCAAGGAUCCGGUAAUACAUUUCCGGAAUCUGUUCCUCCAAAAAUCAAAGAACUUUUAUUAGUACGGCAAGCCUGGGUCAGCAAUAUUCCGAUAAUACUCCCAUCGCCGGAAUGCAAAACUCAGACACCGCAACAAUCCGUGAGAGAAAAAACCAAGUCGAAAAAAACGAAAUUGUCUGGCGAAACGCUGCCUGAUGUGCUCCAAUUGCUGCACGGAAACACUCAUCGCAAACGUCUUUCCGCGAAGAAGAUAAAAACAAACACCGAAACAGAAAUGAUGAAGCCACAAACUACAAAUUCAGUCUAACGGCUGCUAUUUUCGUGAUAACUGUGAACUUUUUUUUAUCGACUGACUACUUUCAAUAAAUAGAUUUAGAUAAUCGAAGAUCAAA